ACAAGGUACAACAUGAGCAAUCUUUGCCUUGUUUGUUUUAUUGUAGCUCUCUUUACCGUUUCUCGUGCUACCGAUUUUUCCUGGAGAUAUACCGCUAAACUGGCAUUCGAUGAUAAAAAGUCAGAAAGCGAACUUGUAAGAAAACACGAUGCUCAUUCGUUAAGUGAGUGUGGUGCUAUGUGUCAGAAAGAUUGUAGUUUCUUCGGGUACAAUUCUAAGGAUAAGAAGUGCCGGAUCCACAAGAAGAUCUUCACUUCCGGAAUGUCUGAAGAAACCGGAUGGAGAUAUUACUUUCCGGAUUUUCUUCCUUUCGAUUGUAAAGAUCUUUUUGAUAAUGGUUAUCAUAAAUCAAGUGUGUACGAUAUCUUCCCAUACCGUACAAAGUCCAUUCCUGUCAAAGUUUUCUGCGAAAUGACGAAAAUGAGAGGAGGCUGGACGGUAAUUCAAAAACGAAUCGACGGAUCCCUGAGCUUUGACAGGAAUUGGACAGACUAUAAAAAUGGUUUUGGUGAUUCUCAGAAGAAUGUUUGGAUUGGAAAUGACGUCAUGCAUCAGUUAACAAAAGAAAACAACUCAUCCCUUUAUAUCUUCAUCACUCUUCAAAAUGGAACAACGCUGUAUGAAAUGUACAAUGGAUUCUCUGUCUCCGAUGAAGCAGGAAAAUACCAACUCUUUCUUGCAGGACCCGCCAUGGGAACCUUGGGUGACUAUAUGUUGGACACUGGGAGUUACUACAAACUAUCUGGGAUGUCGUUCUCCACCCCAGACAGGGAUAACGACGAGCAUCUUAAGGCUAACUGUGCUGCUGCUCAUAACGGAGGCUGGUGGUUUAACAAUUGCCACCACGUCUUCCUCAAUGGUCAGUGGGCCAAGGCAGACUGGUACGGACCCUGGUUUCCAACAGUCAGGGACGGGUCAUCAGUCGGGGGGACGGUGAUGAUGAUUAAACGUCACUAA